CAGGCGCCGAGUCGGGGCCCAGUCCGGGAGCUGCGGACCGCGGCCUCUCGUCAGCGCCGCCGCCGCCGCCCAACGCAGCACUCUGGCCUCAUCGUCGGACUCGGAGCCCGGUGGAGCGUCUCCGCCGCUGCCGAGCCCUCCCCCAAGGAAGAAGCAGCGAGUGUCCGCCAGCGGGCCCGGGCCCCGCCGCCGCCACCGCCGCCCCGCCACCCCGCUCAGCAGCAUGCAGCAGGCCCCGGCCCCCAGCACCAACGGAGCUCAGCCCAUCACCCUUACCGCUGCCAACGGGCAGCUGCCUCACACCGGCCCGGGGCCCGGCCUGGAGCUGGAGGCCGGCGGCCCCGACACGCACCCCGCGGCCGGCACCGGCCGCAAGAAGAAGCGGCUCUCGCGGGCGGAUGAGGAUGUGAUCCGGCUGAUCGGCCAACACCUCCGGGGACUCGGCUUCAACCAAACGGUCGAACAGCUGAUGCAGGAGACCGGAUGCAGCCUGGAACAUCCGUCUGCCACCAAAUUCCGGAACCACGUGACGGAGGGAGACUGGGAAAAGGCUGAAGCUGACCUCACUGAACUCAAGUCCUUGGUGCACUUGCCUCAGGCUAUUGUGCGCAUGAAGUUCCUGCUGCUGGAGCAGAAAUACCUGGAAUUCCUGGAUGAUGGCAAGGUGCUGGAAGCUCUGCAGGUGCUCCGGUUCGAGCUGACUCCGCUGAAGUACAACACGGAUCGGAUCCAUGCUCUGAGUGGAUACCUGAUGUGUAGUGAUGCAGAUGAUCUGCGAGCAAAGGCGGAAUGGGAGGGAAAGGGCAACAUGUCACGUACCAAGCUGCUCGAUAAACUUCACACGUAUCUCCCUCCGUCCGUGAUGCUGCCACCCCGUCGCCUGCAGACCCUGCUCAGACAAGCCGUGGAGUUACAGAGGGACCGGUGCCUCUACCACAACACCAAAGCCGACACCAACCUCGACUCGGUCUCGCUGCUCAUGGACCACGCCUGCAGCAGGCUGCACAGGCGACAGUUUCCUUGUUACACUCGCCAGAUCCUCACUGAGCACUGCAACGAAGUGUGGUUCUGCAAGUUCUCCAACGACAGCACGAAGCUGGCAACGGGAUCGAAGGACAACGCGGUCAUCAUCUGGCAGGUCGAUCCUGAAACACAUCAGCUGAAGUUACUCAAGACAUUGGAGGGUCACACGUACGGAGUUUCGUAUCUGGUGUGGAGCCCGGAUGAUACCUAUUUAAUCGCCUGCGGUCCAGACGAUUGCUCGGAGCUCUGGCUUUGGCACGUACAGACAGGGGAACUGAGGACCAAAAUGAGCCAGUCGCAUGAGGACAGUCUGACCUGCGCCGCGUGGAACCCGGAUGGGAAGCGGUUUGUCACAGGAGGCCAGCGAGGCCAGUUCUACCAGUGUGACCUGGACGGUAACGUGUUGGAUUCGUGGGAGGGAGUGCGAGUGCAGUGUCUGUGGUGCCUGAACGAUGGAAAGACAAUCCUGGCCUCGGAUACCCACCAGCGGAUACGAGGCUACAACUUCGAGGAGCUGACCGACCGCAACAUUGUGCAAGAGGACCAUCCUGUCAUGUCUUUCACAGUUUCCAGAAACGGGCGGCUCGCUUUGCUCAAUGUAGCUACUCAGGGGGUCCAUCUCUGGGAUUUGCAAGACCGGGUCUUACUGCAGAAAUACCAGGGCGUCACCCAAGGCUUUUAUACCAUCCACUCUUGCCUCGGAGGCAUGAGUGAGGAUUUCAUAGCAAGUGGAAGCGAAGAUCAUAAAGUCUACAUCUGGCACAGAAAGAGUGAGCUACCCGUAGCAGAACUGACAGGGCACACACGUACAGUCAACUGUGUGAGCUGGAACCCACAGAUACCCUCCAUGCUGGCCAGCGCCUCUGACGAUGGCACGGUUCGGAUAUGGGGGCCAGCUCCCAGCCUUGAUGGGGAGGAUCCAGAAGGAUGCAGCAGCAGCAACAACAGCACCACCGACAGCUGACACCUCGAGCCAGACACCGGUUAACUGUCUCGCUGUGCCGCUCGGCUCCUCGAUGCCUGCUCGGUCAGGCAGCACGCCAUCCAAUGGACAGAAAAAACAAGACGGCAGCCGCGAUUUCCGCCCCCUCCCUCCCUCCCUCCCUCUCCUCUGCCCCUCUCUCUCUCUCUGCCCCUCUCUCUCUCUCUCGGCC